CACACACGCACACGCGUACGCACGCACGCACAAGAGGAGAGAAAGCGCGGCUGCAGAUCAGACUCUUUGUUAUUACACACUCUGUCACUGAUCUCCAUAGACCUCAAAUCACACGAGGGCUGAGAUGUCGCCGAUUCCCGCCAUCUGACAGGAGUAUCUCGUGUCGCACUGCUCGCUGUAUGAUCAUAUGUUUAUUUGGAUGCGCUGGUGUAAGAUCGUUUGCGGUGUAUGGUGCGUCUGCCAUCUGGACUCACACCGCUAGCUCGCUAGCAUCAGGCUAGCUGAAAAUUAUCAAAACAUAAGUGACUGAGGAGGAAUAAAAUCCCGUUUCCAUGGACAACACGUCCAUCAUUACCCAGGUAGCAAAUCCAAAGGAGGAAGAGAUCCUUUCUUCUUGUCAAGAAAAAGUCUCCCAGUCCAACAGCAGUUUAAAGAAACACAGGAACAGAAGUAUCUUUAGUCCCUUCUUCUGCUGUUUCCGGGACUAUAAUGCGGAACCACCAGCCACCAACAACAAGACCUGCUCCCUCCCUCCACCUGCCGAGGAGAACAGCAGCCCUCCAAAGCCUCCAGCCAAAUACCUCUUGCCUGAGGUCAGCAUUAAUGAUUACGGCAAGAACUGUGUGGUCAUUGACCUGGAUGAGACCCUUGUGCACAGCUCCUUCAAGCCCAUCAGCAACGCAGACUUUAUAGUCCCUGUGGAGAUUGACGGAACAGUUCAUCAGGUCUACGUACUGAAGAGGCCUCACGUGGAUGAGUUUCUGCAGAAAAUGGGCGAACUGUUUGAAUGUGUUCUUUUUACAGCCAGCCUGGCUAAGUAUGCUGACCCUGUAGCAGACCUGUUGGACCGGUGGGAAGCCUCUGAUAUCUGUCCAAGAGCCUCUCGCAGGGGAUUCGUUCGCUCUUUCUCCCCAUCUGCUGGAGUGGAAGAGAUUAAUCACCGUCUCCUCUCUCUGGCUCUCCUGAGUGUCUGUGUGGCGUUCCCGUCUGAAGCGUUCCUUGUGAUCUGA